AAUAGAGUGCAUCUCGGAAAGCAUUUCCAAUUUACUUUUCUCAACUCUAUAUAAUACAUCACUAGCAACAACUCAAACUCAAACAAACCACUUCAAUAUAUUCUUAGCUUUAAUUUCCUCUCCUUUUCUAACUGCAACACAUAACUAGACACAUAUUCCUAACUAUACUCUCAAAUUUUCAAUGGAUCCAUCCCAUAUACCAGCUUAUGCAAACUUCAGCUGUGAACUGAGAAUAAUACAAGCCAGAAACACUGAAUUCAUCAAAUCCACGAAAAACUUGUUUUCAAGGUUGUAUCUUCCAACAGGAAACAACAAAAGAAUUCAACUCAACAGUAAAAGUAUUUCUACCAAAUCCCUACCCUUUUGGAAUGAGUCUUUUAAUUUAGAUUGUUCAUGCCCCCAGGAAUUCUUGGACAAUCUUAAUCAACAAAGCCUAGUGGUGGAGCUGAGGCAAAGGAAGAUGUGGGGGUCACAACUUAUUGGGAAAGGUGAGAUUCCAUGGAAAGUGAUUCUUGAAUCACAAAACAUGGAGUUAAAAAAAUGGUUGAAAAUGGAAUUUGUGAGUGGAAGUGAUUGCAAAGAGGGUAUGUUCACAACAACAGAAGUGGAAGUGGAGAUUAAAAUAAAAGUUCCUUCGGUUGCUGAGAUGGAGAACAAAAAUAAAUGGAGAUUGAAUAACUGGAAUGAGUGUGGAUGCAAAAAUGGUCAUAAUCAUCAAGCAUGGUGCAACACUGAAGAUUGUGAUAUAUUUGCAUUAGGUGGAGCUUUGGAGGCUUUUUGAUUUGGAUGCAAAAUUAUGUGAUGUAUAUAUGCACUAACAUCAACUAAUUAGCUUAUAAUUACAAUACACCACAAAAAAAAAAAAAAAAAAAAAAAAAACUUAAAUUACAAUGGAUUUAUUUUUUUGACAAAAUUAUAACGGAUUGCUUAUAUAUGAUAGUAAUAGUUUUAUUCUGAGUGUCCACUCCAAAA